GUGGUUGAUUUCCUGAAUGAUCUCUACACGUGUUUCGACUCCAUUAUUGAAAACUAUGAUGUGUACAAGGUGGAGACAAUCGGUGAUGCCUACAUGGUAGUCAGCGGUCUUCCAAUUCGAAACGGUGACCAACACGCUGGAGAAAUAGCAUCCAUGGCACUGCAGUUACUGGACGCUGUAAGGAAAUUUACGAUCCGACACAGGCCAAAUGAAACACUGAUGCUAAGAAUAGGGAUCCACUCGGGUCCUGUUUGUGCUGGUGUCGUGGGUCUAAAGAUGCCGCGUUACUGCUUGUUUGGAGAUACUGUCAACACAGCAUCUCGAAUGGAAUCUACAGGACUACGUAAGUUAAUACUAAAGGAAGAGUGGUGUCGUUCCGGACAAC